AUGUUUGUGGUGUCUGGACACACUACAGUAAAGAGCUUUCGAAAACCCUUGGUAGGUAGUCGCUAUGCUGGUGCUCCCCUAGAAAGAAGACUCUGGAACAAACGAAAGUGCGCUCGGCUCUGGAUGCAACAAACGAGUAGCGCGGGAACUGCCGGAACUGGAACGGCGGACGCUUCAUCCACGGACUCGAAACCAACCGCAGGGGUAGGUACGGUUGCCGUUUUUGGGGCAAGCGGUCGGACCGGUAAGCAGCUUCUGCGGCAACUCUGUUCACAGCGGGCUUGCCGCCAGGUACGAGCCAUUGUACGUGACGCGAGUCGACUGCGGAGCGAGCUUGCAUCCUGGAAGCAAGACCCGUCCCUCAGUGGUGUGCAUGUUGACGUCAGGGCCGUUGGUGACUUAACCAGACUUGACUCCAAUGCGUUGAGUGAACUCGUACGAAGUGCCGACGCGAUCAUAUGGAGUGCGGGAGCUUCCGGUGGUCGUGACGGGUUCCAGACGUCGCCAGCUGCGCUCGAUGAGGCCACGCUACAGCGUUUAUGUAGUGUGCUCGCCACGGAGUCGACCGCAAACGGUGUGACAUUCCGUUCUCCGGAUGAAAUGGUACGCGUGCUGGACUUUGGACGCGGGCCGCUAGUACCUGCAGCCUUCACAGCAGUUGACGACGUCAUUAUGGGUGGCCAGUCGAAAAGCAGCUUUCACUUCGACAGCAACGACUCGGUAGGGCUUUUCACAGGGCUCGUGACGACCGAUGGAGGUGGUGGCUUCUGCCACGUUCGCUGCGACGCGUCUGCGGUGAUGCCAGCGGAGCGCUUCGGAGACGCACCUCUGGUCAACGUUGACGAAAACGGUCGAAGCGUCCCUCACUGGGACUUGGCGGCAUACGAUGGUAUCGCGCUAGUCGUACGCGGCGAUGGACGUCGCUACAAAGUCAACCUCAAGACAUCAUCUGAGCCAGAAUUGGUUUUCCAACAGGAGUUUGUGACAAGUGAUGACUUACCGCCGGGCACCUUCGAAACGCAUUUCCUCCCGUUCGCGGACUUUGUUCCCGUACGACGCGGAGAGCCCGUGUACAGCACCGGCAGUGCGCAGUUAUACGCCAUGAAGCUUGAUCCGAAUCGUAUCCGUUCUGUGGGGCUCGUCUACUCGAAAGUAGCCAUCGGUGGUGGACCCGCCAUCGACUUUAGACCCGGAAGGUUCCAUCUGGCCUGUCGUCGCAUCUGCGCAUAUCGUCAGGUGCCGCCACGCUUCCUUGCGUUGUCGUCGGCAGCGGUCACCCGUCCGUACUGGCCACCGUUGAAACGCCAAGCGUACCCGGAGCUCGCGCAGGUACCGAUUGUGAAGCUCAACCCCGCCGGAGUUCUUGGUCACAAACUCGCUGGCGAAGACGCUGUACGGACACUGGUGAGUCAUCGCUCGAGUUUGGGAGCACCCUACGCUAUCGUGCGGGCAGUGGGACUCAACGACGGCGAUGAUCCUGAUUUUCCGGGAGCUGCCCAGGGCGAGCUACGGUUCGGCCAAGGUGAUCUUAUGGUUGGGAAAAUCUCGCGGACGGUUCUGGCGGAGCUUCUUGUGAACCUGUUGAAUGAACCCGAAGGUUUCUGCAAGACCUUUGAAGUGAAGCAGGAACCCAAGACGAUGUCGCGUAAUGGCACAGGGGCAUCCGCUGCAACGCUUUCGCUCGCGGAGAAACUGCGACAACUGCGUACCGACGUGGCGCGUGCCCUGAAGCCCUGGAACCCGCCUCCCUCGCUAUCAUGA